CUUUCCCAAAGGGAAUUUUCUUAAUCUCUCAUUUUCCUCAUUGCCAAACACCCUUUAUUUUCUUUCUUCUGUUCUCUCCUUCAAUUCCUCCGGCUAUCUGCAGACCCCAUAAUUCAUAUUCCUUAUUUAUCUCAAUUCCCUUUCCCCUCAACUUCCAGCCAAAUUCUUGUUUCCUUCGAUUUCUCAUUCAUUUCCUGUUCUUCAUUCGCCAAUACUCCACUCCUCUUGCAAUUUUUCUGUCUUCAUCUUCUUUCUUGCUUUUUUACACAAUAAUAGGAUCGGAGAUUUGAGUUUUUUCUUUCUUUCUUUUUUCUUUUCCCUUCAAUUUUGAGCUUCGGAAGCUUCGAUUCAGAUGUGUGAUGCUGUCGCCGGCAUUCUAGGGUUCGUUAUUUAGAUUGUCGAAGGUCAAUCAUGCCGGCGGAGAGUGUAUCGCUUUCCAGCGACGAAAAUGAGCCUCAAUACUCUUUUGCAAUGGAAUACACAGGGCCGCCGGUCCCCUACGAUCUGCCUCGUGCAGUUCCCAUCAACGUCGAGAAAAUUCCGAUUGCUUCGGUAGUCUCCAAGGUGUCUCUAUCUGAAACUGAAUUGCAUAUACCGGUUGUACCGCCGAUUUUACCACCAGAUCGAAAAAAGUUCUCUAAAGAACUUCACCCCACUGUUUCUCCGACCUCGGUGUUCGAUACCCGUGGUUGUGCCUUGAAAGAGCUGGAAUCGGGGUCUGAAACUACUGUUUCGCCGACUUCUGUUAUUGCUUUUGAGGAAAGGGGUGCAGAGGAUAAUAAUAAUUGCGUGCUGUCAGGUGAGUUAAGUAGCUCUGGUGCAUUAGACUAUGGGAAUUAUGAAUCCGGUGAAUUAUCUGAUGUUGUUAGUAGUUGUCGAAAGAGGGUAGGUGCUUACUCUGUCGGUAAUGACCAUAGCGGUUAUUGUGAUAGUUUUGAUAAAUUGAGGGAAAGUUCGUCAAGGAUAAGGGUGUCCAAUUGUGGGAAAGAGAGCUUGGAUUUUAAUGAUGACCUGAAUCAUGCUGAUUGGGCUUCAAACGAGUCUGUUUUGAGUUUGGAUUACCCUUCUUCUAGGGUUUCCUCUCUUAAGACUGGUGAGUGUAAUAAUGAGUGUAAUGGGGAAGUUAGGCGACCCCAGGUUGUUACUUUUCGAGACAUUGAGUCAGAUGAUGGUGUAGAUGAGGAAAUUAACCAGGAUGAGCAGCCUCAGAUUAUUAGAGUUAAGAGAGAGCCACAAACGAAGGGGAAGAAGGGAUCGUGUUAUAGAUGCUUCAAGGGGAACAGGUUCACUGAUAAGGAGGUUUGUCUUGUUUGUGAUGCAAAGUAUUGUAGUAAUUGUGUGCUUCGAGCUAUGGGGUCUAUGCCUGAAGGGAGGAAGUGUGUUACCUGUAUUGGUUUUCCAAUUGAUGAGUCAAAAAGAGGGAGUUUGGGAAAGUGUUCUCGAAUGCUGAAGCGAUUGCUUAAUGAUUUGGAGGUCAGACAGAUAAUGAAGGCUGAGAAGUUGUGUGAAGCGAAUCAGCUUCCUCCAGAGUAUGUUUGCGUGAAUGGCAAGCCUCUCUGUCAUGAUGAACUGGUUAUGUUGCAGACUUGCUCUAACCCACCUAAGAAGCUAAAGCCUGGAAACUAUUGGUAUGAUAAAGUAUCUGGUCUUUGGGGAAAGGAAGGACAAAAGCCAUCUAAGGUAAUUAAUCCCCAUCUGAAUGUUGGUGGUCCUAUCAAGCCAGAUGCUAGCAAUGGAAAUACACAGGUUUUCAUAAAUGGUCGAGAAAUUACAAAAGUGGAGCUUCGGAUGUUGCAGUUGGCUGGUGUUCAAUGUGCUGGCAAUCCACACUUUUGGCUGAAUGAGGAUGGGUCAUACCAAGAAGAAGGGCAAAAGAAUACUAGAGGAUACAUUUGGGGAAAGGCCGGAACAAAGCUUCUCUGUGCUGUGUUGUCACUCCCUGUUCCUUCUAAAGCAUCAAAUCCAUGUGGAGAACAAGUAAAUAGUUUGUCUAGCAGAAAUGUUCCUGACUACCUUGAGCAGCGGACACUUCAGAAAAUUCUUUUGGUUGGAUCCAGUGGAUCUGGGACAAGUACCAUAUUUAAGCAGGCAAAGAUUCUUUACAAAGAAGUGCCAUUCUCAGAUGAAGAGUUUGAAAACAUCAAAUUGACAAUCCAGACUAAUGUAUAUGGCUAUCUUGGUAUACUUCUUGAGGGCCGUGAGCGUUUUGAAGAAGAGAGUUUGGCUGAAAUGAAGAGAAGGAAGUCUCCUAAUGACACUGACCCCAAUGGAAGUACUGCUGAUAAUGACAUCAAAACUGUGUAUUCUAUUGGCCCAAAGCUUAAAGACUUCUCUGACUGGCUUCUGAAGGCCAUGGUGUCAGGCAACUUAGAAGCUAUUUUUCCAGCUGCUACGCGUGAAUAUGCACCAGUGGUGGAGGAGCUAUGGAAGGAUGCAGCCAUUCAGGCUACCUACAACAGAAGAAGUGAAUUGGAAAUGCUACCCAGUGUUGCUCAUUAUUUCCUAGAGAAGGUUGUUCAUGUAUUGAGAACAGAUUAUGAACCCUCAGAUCUGGAUAUCCUAUAUGCUGAGGGUGUUACUUCAUCAAAUGGGCUUGCUUGUCUGGACUUCUCAUUUCCCCCAUCUUUAGCUGAUGAUAUCAUUGACACAGCUGAUCAGCAUGAUUCGUUGCUGAGGUACCAGUUAAUUAGAGUACAAGCAAGAGGCUUUGGAGAAAACUGCAAGUGGCUAGAGAUGUUUGAAGAUGUGGGAUUAGUCAUUUUCUGUGUUGCCUUGAGUGACUAUGACCAGUUCUCUGUAGAUGGAACUAAUAAGAUGGUGCUGAACAGGAGAUUCUUUGAAAGCAUUGUUACUCAUCCAACCUUUGAACAGAUGGACUUCCUUUUGAUACUAAACAAAUUUGAUCUGUUUGAGGAAAAGAUAGAGCAGGUGCCGUUGACUCAGUGCGAUUGGUUUGAUGAUUUUCAUCCAGUGAUAAGCCAUCACCGCUCCAAUUCAAAAACAAACAGCAACAGUAUCAAUCAUAGCCCCACUCUGGGUCAGCUGGGUUUCCACUAUAUUGCAGUCAAGUUCAAGAAGUUAUAUUCUUCUCUCACUGGGCGUAAGUUAUAUGUUUCCCACGUGAAAGGAUUAGACCACAAAAGUGUUGAUUCAACUCUUAUAUUUGCGAGGGAGAUUCUGAAAUGGGGUGAAGAGCGAGCCAACUACAGCCUAAGUGAAUGCUCGUUUUAUAGCACCGAGGCAAGUUCUUUCUCUCAUUGAUGAUUACUCAAGAGAAAGAAAGCCGCAUUACAUAUAUCAUUGUGACUGUACAUAUUAUUGGCACGAAAAUGCAUGUGGGAAGCUGUUAGCUCACAUGGAAGGUCCUUGCAGCUGUAAGAUAAUCACACGAUCAUUUAACGUAUUGCUUCGACUCAUUUUAUAGUGCAUGCCUUGGAGGACACUAGCAUACAAAGUUAUACUGAAAUCCGGAAUCUCCAUAUUUCAUCUGUACCGUGCAGUGUGUAACUCUGCUGUCUUUCUACAGAUUCAUUAUAUUCAUUUGUAAGAUAUGGUCAAGGUUUUUUAUCCGGUAAUGCCUACAACCUAGUGUACUGUGGGGUUCCUCUAGUAUGAGUAUGAUGCAGCCUUGAAGAAAGGGCUGAGAUGAUUGCCGCACCAAAUGUUCUCCAACGUUGCACUUCUACUUUCAUAUUCUUUUGAUUAUUGUUAUCUCACUUUUCACUCGGGGUUAAAAAAAAUUUAAAUAAAGAAGUAUGUGUAAC